GAAGCUGCAAGUAAGGCUGAAGCACAACCAAAAACACCACCUGGUGAUGACAAGGAUGAUGAAAUCACGACACUACCACACAUUACACCUCCACAGCGAGGUCGGCGUGGAGCGGUCAGUGCAGAAACAUAUUCAGAAGAAGAUGCAGCUAACUAUGUCAAGAAGGUGGUCCCUAAAGACUUCAAAACUACAGCAGCUCUGUCAAAAGCAAUAGAAAAGAACGUUUUAUUUGCUCAUUUAGAUGACAACGAACGAAGUGACAUCUUUGAUGCUAUGUUCCCAGUUGUCCACAGUGCUGGUGAAAAGAUAAUACAACAAGGUGAUGAAGGAGAUAACUUUUAUGUCAUUGAUGAAGGAGAAGUAGAGGUGAGAGCUGUCUUUUUUUUAUACCAAGCAAGAGGUAAAAUAUCUUUCAACAAAGUGAGGUAGUGGAUGAUAUCAUUAGGCCUAGGAUUACAUAAUUGUGUGUGUUUUAAACAUGGUUUUCAGUUAACAGUUAUUUGUAUCAUGGUGUACUCUACAGUUAUAACACCUAAUGAUCGUGUACAUAUAUCAUCACCACAUCACAGUUAGUUAACACAUGUUAAAUUAUCUUUAGAGCUCGGAUUACUCUCUUCAUUUCUACCUUUCCGUAGUCUUCUUAUUGUGUAACCAGUAGGAGCUCUCUCCUUGGAUUUGGCACAAGAAGCCAGUUUUGAAUAACCAUCAAAAUGUGAUAAAACUUUUAUUAAUAGUUUAUAGUUUCAGUUUAUUAUGGUUUAUUGAAACAUGCACAUUCAUUGGCUUUACUUCCACAAAACGGGAUUAAAGGUCACCUGUUUUAAACACUUGUACUAUACAUUAGUGUGUUGUCCGUCAGUCAGUAGACACUAAAAUGAUGUCACAUAAUGUUGCAAUUUGUACUGUUGUGAUGUCAAUAAAAUGUGUGCAUGCUAUGAAUCGGGAGGCUACAACAGGACAUAUGAACUUGAAAAGCAAGAAAUAAAAAUAUUUGUUACUCAUAAUUGUGGUCUUAUUUACUCUUGAAACAGUAGACUUUUGGGGACCCUGUGGAAAUACAUCUUGUAUGUAUAGUAUGUGUUCAU